GGACAGAAUCUUUUUUUUUAACCUCUCCCUCCUCACCAACCUACCGACCCUGUCCAGAUUCCACCGUGUUUCUCAUCGCGUUCUUACUUGAUUUCCAUCAUGUCAGAACCUAUCAGAAAUAAAAAGGCUGAUUUCCCAGUCGCUCCGACACCACAGAAUACGCCUGCUACUAACGCCCCAAUUUCUUCUCAUGCCCAGCAACCCGGCGUAGCCAGCAUCUCUGAAGAAAAUCUCGAUCAUGCCGCCGCCGCAAGUUUGUUUGCAAAGAACCCAGCCCUGGUCUCGAUGAUCCAGGGCAGGCUGGGCUCUCUUAUCGGGCGCUCCUCGGGCUAUAUCGAAUCGUUGCCCUUGCCAGUCCGCCGUCGUGUUGCCGGUCUCAAGGGCAUCCAGAAAGACCACGCUAAGCUUGAAGCCGAAUUUCAGGAGGAAGUACUACAGUUGGAAAAGAAAUAUCUCCAAAAAUUCACUCCCUUAUAUCAGAGACGUUCCCAGAUUGUGAAUGGUGCUGCAGAGCCUACCGAAGAGGAAGUCGAAGCUGGCGAAGCUGAGUUAGCUGAUGACGAGGAGGAGACCAAGAAAGAGACUGAGGAGAAGACCGAAGCUUCAGCCGAGGAAUCCAAUGUGGCCGGUAUCCCAGAGUUCUGGCUUUCUGCCAUGAAGAACCAAGUUUCUCUGGUCGAGAUGAUCACCGAGAGAGACGAGGAGGCUCUCAAACACCUUACCGACAUUCGCAUGGAAUAUUUGGACCGCCCCGGAUUCCGUCUUAUUUUUGAGUUCUCCGAAAACGAGUUCUUCACUAAUAAAACCAUCACCAAGACAUAUUACUACCAGGAGGAAAGUGGAUACGGUGGUGACUUCAUCUACGACCAUGCCGAGGGUGACAAGAUCGAUUGGAAAGCAGACAAGAACCUUACUGUUCGUGUAGAAAGCAAGAAGCAGCGAAACAGGAGCACAAAACAGACCCGUGUGGUUAAAGUCACAGUGCCUACAGAAUCUUUCUUCAACUUCUUCUCUCCACCUAAGCCCCCUGCCGAUGAAGAUGACGCCACCAGUGAUAUUGAGGAACGACUGGAGCUCGACUACCAACUCGGUGAAGAUAUCAAGGAGAAGUUGAUUCCCCGUGCCAUUGACUGGUUCACUGGUGAGGCUCUUCAAUUUGAGGAACUUGGAGAGGAAAUGGAUGACGAAGGAGAGUUUGAGUUCGACGACGAGGACGAUGAAGAUGAUGAAGAUGAUGAUCGACGGUCCGAUAACGGUGACGAGGAGUCUGACGAGGAGGAUGGAACCUCGAAGCCCAAAAAGGAAGCUGCAGAGUGCAAAACGAGCUGAAGUUCCUGUAACUUAUGAACUUCAAUGUCCUUGGGUUGUUGUUUGACAUCGUCCAAGGAAGUUUAUCCAGUUUUUGUCAUGACGAUUUCCCCCCGUGCACCUCAGCCAAAGCAUAAUACAUAUAAUACCUGCUCAUCUUCAACCCAAGCUCGCUUCUGUCAAUAGAAAAAAUACCGGAGCGCUUUAUCGACAGGGACGCCUCCUAGAGAAAGGAAGGCCGCAUCAUUUCUUCGGAAACCAUCAGGUGAUCGAUCAGAAUCGGCGGAGUUAGGGUGAUUUCGUUUUCAUCUCAUCAUUUUCUUUUCCUCCCCCGUGUUUUUCUUAAUCCUUUGUGUGUUGUUACCUAGUCAUACACUUUUCACACUUUUAAAAUGGCUCAUAAUCAAGUUACAUCUUUGGACCGCAAGCUAUACAUUAACGUAAUGGACCUGCGAGACGAGGGAUGAACUCGCCAUGCGCCCGACUAUUGCUCCAAAUAAUAUUCAGUUUACU